GCCAUUUGGUUUUAAGGGUGACUUCUGGUCUAGGAACAGAUUUGGUGUGUAUGAUUACAGUUCUCUGCUCAAAACCCUCCCAAGGCUCCGGUCUCAGGAAAACCAAAAGACUUGAAGUGAUCAAAAGAUCACUUGGAUCUGCUCCCAUUUUUUUACUGAACUCAACCCCCAGCCCAUAUUGCUCCUCCCUCCCUUUCCUUUUAAUUCCUCAAUGCCCAGGUCCACUGACUGGCUUCCUUACUUCCCUCCGGCCUCAGCUUCCCCAUGCCCUUUCCCAGCAAAGGGGAGAAGAUGGAAUCCCUCAAUCCCAGCAACCGUGUCCGCCUUUCCAGCUUUCUUUUGCUCCAGGGCACUGGUCAUCAAGAAGGGCCAUCUAUAUUUUACAUAAUUAUAUUUAUAGUGUCUUCCCCCACCGUCUAAACUCCAUGCAGGCAAAGAUUAUCGUCUGUUUCCUGCUGUAUCAGUGCUUCAAACAGCCUGAGGCACAGGAGGCACUCAGUGAAUGCUUGCAAAAUGAAUUUUUACUGUAAUGCGUUUAAUGAAAUAGCCCAGAUUACUACUGGGCAUCUAAUAAGAAACGUGACCGACUAUCUUCUCCCUUGAGGGUGUGUGUGGGCAUCCUGCCUCAGUUUCACUCGCUCUAAAAUGGGAUCAGGGAUAGCUGUUUCAAUGCCUUGUGGGAACUCGGUGUGAUUAAAUUUGGUCACUAAGCCAAAGGCAAGGGGCACUGCCUAGAUUGAGUUAGGCCGCGGGCAGGGCGGCUCGGUCCCCUCCCAUCAGUCCCGCCCCGGUGGGCGGAGCCACGGGCCCGGCCAGCACGUGUAAGAGUUCGCGGCGGGUCGCUGCAGUCACUCACCUGAGCGCGCACGGUCCGCGCGUCCUCCGCUCGUGCGUCCUCCGCCUGCUCGCCUGCCCGACCGCUCGCCCGCCAGCUCGCCAGGCCCGCGACUCAUGUCCCGCCGCAAGGCCGGCAGCGCGCCCCGCCGAGUAGACCCCGCGCCCACCGCCAACCCAGACGACGAGAUGGAAAUGCAGGACCUCGUCAUCGAACUGAAGCCCGAGUCGGACGGGCCGCCCCAACAGGCACCAAGGCUGGGGCCCUUCUCCCCGAAGGAGGUGUCCCCGGCGGGGCUGUUCGGAGGCGAACCGCACCACUCCCCUGACCCCAAGCCCGCCGGGGCCGCCCUCCUCGCCCUCGGCGCGCGGAACCCGUGGACCCUGUGGACAUCGCUGACCCCGAACCUUCCAGACCGCCAGCCCUGGACCGACAAACACCCAGAUCUGUUGACCUGCGGCCGCUGCCUGCAGACCUUCCCGUUGGAGGCCAUCACUGCCUUCAUGGACCACAAGAAGCUGGGCUGUCAGCUCUUCAGAAGCCCCAGCCCCAGCCACGGCUCAGAACGAGAGGAGCUGAAGACCUUGAGCUGCCUGCGCUGCGGCAGACAGUUCACCAUGGCCUGGAAGCUGCUGCGCCAUGCCCAGUGGGACCAUGGACUGUCCAUCUACCAAACGGAAUCAGAGGCCCCGGAGGCCCCACUGCUGGGCCUAGCCGAGGUGGCCGCAGCCGCGUCGGCAGUGGUGGGGCCAGCAGCUGAGGCCAAGAGCCCCCAAGCAAGUGGGAGUGGGCUCACCCGGAGGAGCCCCACCUGCCCUGUGUGCCAGAAGACCCUUAGCUCCUUCAGCAACCUCAAGGUGCACAUGCGCUCACACACAGGCGAGCGGCCCUAUGCGUGCGACCAGUGUCCCUAUGCCUGCGCCCAGAGCAGCAAGCUCAACCGCCACAAGAAGACCCACCGCCAGGUGACACCCCAGAGCCCCCUCAUGGCCGACACCAGCCAGGAGCAGGCCUCUGCGGCCCCUCCGGAGCCAGCUGCCCAUGCCGCUGCUCCCGCCAGCACCCUCCCAUGCAACGGUGGUGAGGGGGCUGGGGCCGCCGCCACAGCAGGUGUCCAGGAACCCGGGGCUCCUGGCAGUGGGGCUCAAGCCGGCCCCGGUGGAGACACCUGGGGAACCAUCACCACAGAACAGAGAAUCAACCCUGCCAACAGCCAGAAGGCAUCACCCAAAAAGAUGCCCAAGUCAGCGGGUAAGAGCCGCGGGCCCGGGGGCAGCUGCGAGUUCUGCGGGAAGCAUUUUACCAACAGCAGCAACCUGACGGUGCACCGGCGCUCGCACACCGGGGAGCGCCCCUACACCUGUGAGCUCUGCAACUACGCCUGUGCCCAGAGCAGCAAGCUCAACCGCCACCGCCGCAUGCACGGCAUGACGCCUGGCAGCACCCGCUUCGAGUGUCCCCACUGCCGUGUGCCCUUUGGCCUGAGAGCCACUCUGGACAAACACUUGCGGCAGAAGCACCCCGAGGCGGCCGGGGAGGCCUGAGCCCCGGAAAGCCUACUGCUCCCUGGUACCGCAGCACGUGACCUCCUUGUGUCUGCCCCAUCUCCAAGUAAAUUCCCCCUUUUAUUUA